AUGGGACGCAGUAUCCUUAACAGCAAGACGGUUAGAACGAUAACCGGCGACGGCGUCAAAGGCGACAUUCUCCCACCAAUGCGUAAUAUACACGGCCUUGCGGCUAAUGAUAUACAUCGUGGUACACCCAUGGAGACCCUCGACUCCGGUGCUGAACUCGGUCUAUUGAGCACGGCUGAAUUCAUGCAUUAUCGCCGCACUCGUAUCAGUCGCUCGUUUGCAACUCUUCUUGAACACGAUCUGCUUUGUGCGCUUGGGCAUUGCUUUCUCGUAUUAUACUCCCAAUUUAUCACCCGGCAGCACCAUUCUUUUGGCCAGGUCCUUGGUCCCCGCCGCGGCCGUCGUCCUAAUCGUGCUGGUAACAUUCCUUUCAAGUCGGAGAAAUCCUACGCUGCCUUCGCCGCUGCAUCUGCCGCUGCAAUACCCACGGCGCUUGCUGCUGCUACUGUCGCUGUCAUCAACUAUCUUGAUAGAUUGGUCGCGGUAGUGUCAGCCCGUUUCGCGACGAGGCCGGACGGGGAUGUGCCUUCUGCCAGUUUGAGUCGGCCAUUGAAUAACGGGGUUGCAGAGACUGCAAAUGCAAGCCAUGCUAGAAGUAUCCACAAGGCUCUCAUGACCGUUCAGGUGCGCUGGCCAGUAAAGAAACCUGCACUGUGUAGUGAAUGA